AUGGCAAUCGAGCCCUAUCCGUCUGGUGAGGAGGAGCAGGGGCAACUCUCCAGCGAAGCCAAAACGCCCUUCGCCGACCAGACAACAACCGAGAAUCGCCCGGAUGGCGGCGAACAGACCGAAGAUCGGCUGCGACUGGAGAAGAGAUUGCGCCUCAAGGUCGACUUGCGGCUCUGUACCAUCGCAGGACUACUAUGCAGUCUCAAUCUUCUCGACUCGGGCAUCAUAUCUUCCGCCUCGGUGACUAGCAUGACCUCGGAUCUGGGCCUUGAAGGGAACCGCUAUUCCGUUGCAAUUUUUAUAUUCACUGUCGCCAGCGUUGUUUUCCAAUUGCCGUCCACAAUAGCAGUGCGCUUCGUGGGGCCCCGCAUAUGGUUCGCAUUGAUCACUUUUUGUUUCGGCCUGAUCACUCUGUGCACUGCAUUCGUGCAGACUUGGCGCCAGAUGAUUGCCCUGCGUGUUUUGCUCGGUAUAUCCAUGUCUGGAAUUUACCCUGGCUUGACGUAUUUGAUAAGUACGUGGUAUACCCGCGAAGAGCAGCAGUUGCGAUUCGCUUUUAUGCAAUCUGGCGAAGUGCUCAUUCUCGCAACGGGGGAUAUCGUCAACUAUGGAUUGAAUCACCUUGAUGGGCGGGGUGGAUUAGCCGGCUGGCGAUGGAUGUAUAUUGUCCAGGGGCUUAUCGCUUGCUUUAUAGGCAUUGUCACCUACUGGUGGAUGAUAGAUUUCCCAGAGAAAGCUGGCAAAUCUCUCUGGUUCCUCUCCGAAUCGGAAAUCCAACUUGCAUUGGACCGCAUUCGCAAAGACAGGGGUGAUGUUAUACCUGAUCCUUUUUCCUGGAAGAAGAUCGUAGUGAACUUUGUAGACCCGAAAUUGUACGGGUUUGCAGUUUUGUUUUUCCUACUGAACCUAGUCUCGACUUCGAUGUCCUACUUCCUCCCCAUUAUUCUAGAAUCAGGCAUGGGAUAUUCGGAGAAUGCCAGCAUUGUACUGUCUGCUCCACCAUACUACUGGGCCAUAAUUCCCACCCUUCUCACAUCACUAAUUGGCGAUAAAUUCCGCCUCCGGGGACCAAUGGUCAUAUUCAAUGCCCUCUGCCUCAUAGCAGGGUUCAUCAUGUUCGGCUUCCCGGUCUCCAAACAAGUCACCGUGCGGUACAUAGGCACAUAUCUCACCACAGGCGCCUAUGUCUCCAACUGGGCAGCUCUAAACGCAUACCAAGCCAACAACAUCGUCGGCCAGUGGAAACGAGUCACCAUCGCAGCAUCCAUUUCUGCAUCUGAUGGUCUCGGAGGCAUUGCCGGUAGCUACAUAGUCAAGGCGCAAGAGGCGCCUUGGUAUCCGACUGCUGUGUGGGUGUCGAUCGGGUCGCAUAUUCUGAUGAUUGUAAUUGUUGGAGCAUUUACGAUUUACUUUCGACAGGCGAAUAAUUGGGAGAGAAAGAGACAUCGGGUUAUUGAAGGGACACCCGGAUUUAGAUAUACCUAUUAA